GCAACUCUGCGCGCUGAAGCUGAAACGCAGGGAUACAACCCAACUUGCUUACUCGCACAACUAUCUCAUUGAUCAGAGACAAGGACAAUGAAUCACACACGCGGGCUCAGAUAAGCCUUAUCGUAUACCGUCGUGAGUUACACUGGGAGUGGGAGUACGCCACUGCCUUGAGACCGAGCAACAUGCCUUCCUACAAGCUGAUCUACACGAACAGCAAGGGGCGGGCUGAAGUGUGUCGCCUACUGUUUGCCCUGGCCGGACAAGAGUAUGAAGACGUCAGAUGGACCAGUGAGAACUUUCUGACCGAAAAACAGAAUCUUCUUUUCGGACAGAUCCCCGUGCUUGAGGUGGACGGGAAACAGUAUGCACAGAGUAUGGCCAUCGCAGGGUUCCUUGCGAGGGAGUUUGGGUUUCACGGGAAGACCAGUGUUGAGCAGAUGGAAGUCGACCAAGUAAUCGGCAUCAUCGUCGACAUCUUCAAUGCCCUCAUCAAACAGAUCCACGAGCAGGAUGAAGGAAAGAAGGCUGACAUAAUAAAGCAAAACAAUGAGACAACUUUUCCGAAAUUCGUCAGCUUCUUUGAGAAGAUAUUGAAGAACAAUAAUACGGGAUUUUAUGUCGGGGACAAGCUUGGAUUUGCAGAUGUCGCUGCCUUUGACACCCUUUCCCAAAUCGAGGCAGGAAUCAAUAUUGAUGAUUUCCCCUUGGUGAAAGCCAAUAAGGAGAAAGUGGCCUCCAAUGAAAGAGUUGCAAAAUGGCUGCAAGACCGGCCGGUCACACGAUUCUGAGCAAGCCAAAGUGGCGGUCAAAUAUGCCCAAACUGAACCAAAGGGCAGGGCCCACUCCUAAAAAGCCUAUGUUAAAAAAUGGGAGUUACGAUCAUCUUUGCGCAAAGAACGCUUUGUACAAGUGGUCCAUGUACUGUUCCUAGAGGCAUACUCUUAUAUAGCUAAAUGCUUGAAAAUUAGACUGCAACACCUAUGGUCCACGAGCUUGAGCCUAUAUCCAGACUGGGUCUUUGUAAUUCAUUCUCCCCCAGACUGGGUCUUUGUAAUUCAUUCUCAAAAUUAAGAUAAUCAUCAAUUGAUAGAUUGAUAUACGUAAUGAUAUAUGUGUUUAACGUUAUGAUAUAUGUGCUUCCACACACUACAGGUUUGAUUGAAUUUAAAGACAGUUUUGUCUCGACCCUUGAAGCAUAUUAAUCAUGUAGUUCAUUUUCGUCAAAAUAAUAAAUAUACAUCUUGUCUCA